CUGCGCGCCGCACGCGGGUGCUCGGCCUGACCUAGGUGCAGCGGCUCGGGCGUACGGACGGAGCGAGCGGACAGACGCACAGCAGCCGGUAGCUGCGCGCGGGUCCCCAGACGGGUGUGCACCCAGAGGUGGGCGGCAGACUGUACCCCGCGAAUCUCCUGCGCCCCUUCGCCUGGCUCCCCUGCUGGCCCCUUGGCCGCCGCCUUCAAAGUGAUUGCUGCCUCGCCGCCUCCACUCGGUCCGCGACCAUGAAGCUGCUGCCGUCGAUGGUGCUGAAGCUCGCUCUGGCUGCAGUGCUCUCCGCGUUGGUGACUGGUGACAGCUUGGAACGGCUUCGGAGAGGGUUGGCGACUGGAACCAGCAACCCAGACCCUCCCACUGGAGCUACGGACCAGGACCAGCUGCUAACCCCAGGAGGUGGCUUCGGCCCGGAAGUACCGGACUUGGAAGAGGCAGAUCUGUACAGAGCUGCUUUCUCCUCCAAGCCACAAGCUCUGGCCACACCGAGCAAGGAGGAACGUGGGAAAAGAAAGAAGAAAGGCAAGGGGUUAGGGAAGAAGAGAGACCCAUGUCUUCGGAAAUACAAGGACUUCUGCAUCCACGGAGAAUGCAAAUAUCUGAAGGAGCUCCGAGCCCCGUCCUGCAUCUGCCACCCGGGUUACCACGGAGAGAGGUGCCAUGGGCUGAGCCUCCCGGUGGAAAAUCGCCUGUACACCUAUGACCACACAACUAUCCUGGCUGUGGUGGCCGUGGUGCUGUCAUCCGUCUGUCUGCUUGUCAUCGUGGGGCUUCUCAUGUUUAGGUACCAUAGGAGAGGAGGUUACGAUGUGGAGAAUGAAGAGAAGGUGAAGCUGGGCAUGACGAAUUCCCACUGAGAAAGACCUGUGCUCAAGGAAUCGCGGGGACGGCUACGUCGGAGAAGCGUGGGUCAGUCGCGGACUCUGCAGAGGGAAAGGCCUUCACAUCUCGCCGGGAGGACUCCUUUGUCCCCGCUUGCUGUCUCGAUUGGGCCUCCCAUCAUUGCUUUGCCAAAAGACCAGAACCUUCAUGUGCCAAACAGAACAUAACCAGUGGGAUCUGAAUCAGAAGAAAGCAAAAGCAAGGGACCUACAUGCCUUUCUGAUUCCCUUCCACCAAGCCCUGCAUCCCCUUGUAUCUUUGUUUGGACACUCAUGUUCUGGAUUAAAAUGCCAGUUAAAUUCCAUAUGCUCCAGGAUCUUAGAGAAAAAGGAGAGGAAGAAGGAGAGAUGUGUGUGGACCGGAAGAGAAGCAGCAAAGACUGGGAAGGCUACUCAAGUAGCUACGAGGGGACUGAUCUUUGGGAUCCUUCAGCGCUGGAAUUGAUGAGCUAACUGUGAAAACCACAAGCCCAAGAACUCUGAGUUUUGGGACUUACACCCAGAUGGAAAAAUAACAACUAUUUUUAUUUGUUUGUUUGUAAAAUGCCUCUUAAAUUAUAUAUUUAUUUUAUUCUAUGUAUGUUAAUUUAUUUAGUUUUUAACGAUCUAACAAUAAUAUUUCAAGUGCCUAGACUGUUACUUCGGCAAUGUCCUGGCCCUCCACCUCGCAUCCCCACCAUCAGCUCAGCGCCACAUACCCCCUGUCCUGAAACUGCUCUGUGACCCAUCUGUAGUAACUCCGCAUCUGUGCACAUUUUGGAAGAUCGUCCAGGGUCGGCGAGCCACAGGGGCGUUGUGUACGGUCAGGAUGUAGGGGUUAACUUGGCCAGAGCCGCUCUGUGAGUCGGACUGCAGCCUUGCCUAGGCAACUUUGUCUACCAUUUGUGUUUUGAAAGCCCAAGGUGCUGAUGUCAAAGCAUAACAGAUAGCGGUGUUUCCUGUGUCCUCUCUCGGCCAAAUCUCUCAAGAGGUUGGGCUUCCAUGCCUACAGCUUUCCCUCACCCCACGGCUCCCACCCCACAGAGCGGGAACUGGCCCGACCCUGUGUCAAGACAUUUCUCUCAACUCUUGCCAUUCUUCUGGUGCUACUCCACGCAGGGGUCAGUGCAGCAGAAACAGGCGAGGAGGAACAGGGAACGUUGCAGUUGACUGUUCCCGGUCAUGGAUUACCUGCCACUUGCUACAGAGAAGGUUAGAGGUGGGGAAGGCUUUUGUGUCACCCCACCUAGCUCACCAAAACUACAAAGGUAUGCUGUCAUGGUCCCUCUGGAAGUUUCUGGUGCCAUUUCUGAACUGUUACAAGCUGUAUUUCCAAACAUGGUUCGUAUUUAUACUUUGCAAUCCAAAUAAAGAUAACCCUUACUCCAUG